UCCAGGGAGUCAUACUUGGGUUAGUCCAGAUUGAUUUUUUAUCUCAUCACUCUGCUUUGGAAAUGGAUAUGGUUUAAAGGGAGUCCAGGAGAUAACUUACAUUUUCGGUUGACUCAAUGACUCCCAUGAACCAGAUUGUUCAGAUGUUUCCUGAUUGUCAGUUGUACAUUGUGGAAGAAGUGCAGAGGAAAUGACAGUCAUAACAUAGUACGUUCUAUCUUUUUAUGUGAACAUUGUUUAGAUCAAGGAAGUUGAUUGACAGUGAGGAUGAUCUCCACUGAUGUGAGUGGGAAUGAUGGUAGAGUUGAGGAAUCUACUCAUUCUAAUCCUUCUUCUAUGCACAUUUCUUCAUCCCAAAGAGGACUGGUUACUGAUGAAGAUCCUCAAAAGCGGUUCCAAGGCAGUUCUCUCUCUGUCCCGAAGAGACUUCAAUUCCUUAACUUCGGAAAUUUGUCUUCUCCUUCUGCCAAGUUUCAGCAGAUUGCUGAGGAGAAAGAUGAGAUUUCUCGUUCCGUCCCAUCUUCAGGAAGCGUCCGUCUCCGUGAACGUUUAAGUCGCCUCUUUUCUAGGAAAAUUGAUUGGGCGUCUCUCAAUAAAAUCACUAAGGAGUGGAUAAGGGAUCCGUUAAACAUGGCGCUUCUUGUUUGGGUAGCAUGUGUCGCCGUCUCAGGGGCGAUCCUCUUCCUGGUGAUGACAGGGAUGUUGAACCGGGCCAUCCCGAAAAAAUCCCAAAGGGAUGUUUGGUACGAAGUGAACAACCAAAUCCUCAAUGCGCUUUUCACUCUCAUGUGUCUCUAUGUGCACCCGAAACGGUUGUACCACUUUGUGCUUUUGGUACGGUGGAGGCCUGAGGAUGUUUCCAGGCUCCGAAAGGCGUAUUGCAAGGAUGGGACCUACAAGCCCAACGAAUGGACCCACAUGAUGGUUGUUGUUUUGUUGCUUAAUCUCAACUGUUUUGCCCAAUACGCUCUUUGUGGGCUUAACUUGGGUUACAAGAGAUCUCAACGGCCUGCUGUGGGUGUGGGCCUGUGUAUCUCUAUUGCCAUUGGCGCACCCGCAAUUGCCGGGAUUUACUCCAUGCUUAGUCCACUUGGGAAAGACUACACUCAUGGUCAGACACCCGAGAUGGACGAAGAAGCUCAACUCCAACCGAAGGGGAAAUUAAGGAAAGAGUCUUUGGAGAAAAGGUUCUCUUUUGCGUCGCGCGAUGGGAGGGAUGUAGAGACUAACCCACAGUGGAGUGGGGGUAUUUUGGAUUUCUGGAAUGACAUUUCUACGGCGUACCUCUCGUUGUUCUGUACUUUCUGUGUGUUUGGAUGGAAUAUGGAAAGGAUGGGCUUAGGGAACAUGUACGUACACAUUGCAACAUUUCUUCUGUUUUGUAUGGCCCCAUUUUGGAUUUUCAAUCUAGCUGUCGUUAACAUCGAUAAUGACUCGGUCAGAGGGGCACUGGGAGUGACGGGCAUAUUCCUAUGCUUGUUUGGUUUGCUGUAUGGUGGGUUUUGGAGGAUUCAAAUGAGGAGGAGAUACAAUUUGCCGUCUUAUAAUUUCCCGUGUGGAAAAUGUAAAUCGUCUGUGGCUGAUUGCGCACUGUGGAUGUUCUGUUGUUGGUGUUCUUUGGCUCAGGAGGUUAGGACUGGGAAUUCAUAUGAUAUCGUGGAGGAUAAGUUCUACAGGAAACAACCCAAUAAUGGUCCUAUUUCUCCUUUGCCCCGAGAAGAUGGGGUGUUUAAGUCGAGUCCAAGUUCUUCCACACCGAACGGGCCCGUUCAUGUCCAACUGAUGAUGAGUACCACGCCAAGCCCAAGUAGAUUCUCAUUAGAGCGUGAUGGCCCAGAUGCAUCUAAUGUGGGAGGUAAGAGUGAUCCUAUGACACCGCCUCCUCCGGUAGUCAUACAAAGAGAAGAUGUAUAAUGCAAUUGUUUUGAGGUUACACUUGGAUAUUCGGGAGAUUCGUCCGACACCAGAAGUCUAGUCAGGGUUAAGUAGAGAGUUUUCUUGGAUUGUGAGAUGUAUGUAUAUUAGCCUUUUUGUAUUCAUACUGUCGUAGUAUUCUUCUUUUUCCUUUUGAAUGUUUUGUUAUUAUGUAUAAAAAAUAUAUAACUGCUUCUCAUCCGUAGGUUUGUUGUUUUCAUUUAGUGUGUGUAAAGGUAUCAAUUAUCAUGUGAGAUUUGUGUGUGGGAGAUGUUACUUUGUUGGAUCGCUGAGGGAUUUCAGACUUGCAGUGUUAUUUGGUUCUCCAUUCUCUAUUUCAUUUUCUACAUCUAAAGAUAAUGUCUUUAUGAGCA